AUGGGUGCAUCAGGUUUAGGUUCUGGUUUAGCAAAAUGCAUUAAUCUCUCAAAUUUGACACUUAACCUUCAUAACAAUAAAAUUGGUGAUGAAGGUGCAUCAUGCUUAGGUUCUGGUUUAGUAAAAUGCAUUAAUCUCUCAAAUUUGACACUUAACCUUUGUAAAAAUUAAAUUGGUGAUGAAGGUGUAUCAGGCUUAGGUUCAGCUUUAGCAAAAUGCAUUAAUCUCUCAAAUUUGACACUUUACCUUAAUAACAAUGAAAUUGGUGAUGAAGGUGCAUCAGGCUUAUAUUCAGCUUUAGCAAAAUGCAUUGAUCUCUCAAAUUUGACACUUAACCUUUUGUGUAAUUAAAUUGGUGAUAAAGGCGCAUCAGGCUUAGGUUCAGCUUUAGCAAAAUGCAUUGAUCUCUCAAAUUUGACACUUGACCUUCUUAGCAAUUAGAUUGGUGAUGAAGGUGCAUCAGGCUUAGGUUCAGCUUUAGCAAAAUGCAUAAAUCUCUCAAAUUUGAAACUUAAUCUUUGUUGCAAUUAAAUUGGUGAUGAAGGUGCAUCAGGCUUAGGUUCAGCUUUAGCAAAAUGCAUUAAUCUCUCAAAUUUGGAACUUAGCCUUGGUAACAAUAAAAUUGGUGAUGAAGGUGCAUCAGGCUUAGGUUCAGCUUUAGCAAAAUGUAUUAAUCUCUCAAAUUUGACACUUGACCUUCAUGGAAAUUAAAUUGGUGAUGAAGGUGCAUCAGGCUUAGAUUCAGCUUUAGCAAAAUGCAUUAAUCUCUCAAAUUUGGAACUUAGCCUUGGGUAAAAAUAGUUUAUUUGUUUUUAAUUGUGA